AUGACACCCCUUUUCGACGUCAAAUCGAUCGAGUCGAGUGGUGAGACCGAUGAGCAAAGUCGAGGCGCCACACGACAACUAGAAGAUACUGUGACAGAAAUGCGAAUGACCACCCGGAAGACGACGCGAAAGCAGCGAUGGAAGGGCAAUGCUACAGAAGUCGCUGGAUUUCCCGGGGGAGUCGCGAAUGGAAACUCCAGGAUUACAGGAAGCGUUGAAGAGACAAAUGCAAACAAUGAGGGAAUGUCGGAGGCUCUUGCGAGAUUGGAAGAGACCGUGGACGAGAUGGAGGAACAGAUGACCGAAAGAAGUACAACUGGUCCAUGA